GUGAAUUGUUUUUUACCCCCCCAUCGAAUAAUCCCCUUCGAGCUUCUUUUGAAGAAAAUUACAGGAGAGAGCAGGCAUCAUGUCUGCCUCAGUCGCCUCCAAGGUCCGUUCGUUGUUGCUGGCUUGAUUUCUUCGUUAUCAUCGCUGACCUUGUGCUGGUUUGAUUUUGGCAGAAUUUGUUCGACCUUCUGGGUAUGUUUCCCGAUAUUUUGGAUUGAAAGUUCCUCCUCUCUGGCCCCAUCCUCCCCAUCCGGCAAAUAGUGGCGGGACUGUCUUUGGCUGCUUUCGAGGAUAUACCCCGCUUUUUGUUUUUUCACCUUUUCCUAACCAGCUUUACUGUAUUUUAUAGGGAAUGAUAUCGAGGAUCCCGAUGCCCCUCCUCCGCCCCCACCGAGAGAGGUGAUCAAGAAUUCCACUACCUCAAAGAAGAGGGAGGAGAAGCUUUCUGCUGGAGAUUUUUCCGCUACUAGUGGCCGUGCGCGCCCCUAUAGUGGCAACGAGAAAGGUUUGUUUUCUUGUUGAUAUUUGUGCGGAUAGCAUUGAAAGGGUUCAUUUGCUUUUGCUAUUUUGGCUUUUCCCAUACCGGUCGAUUUUAAAAUUUGCUAACAAUAACCGGGUAGCAUUCCGUGAUCGUGAUGCCGGCCGCCAAAACAACCUCAGUAGGGACACCGCAGAGGAUGCUGCUCCCCGUGGUAGUUCUCGUGGUGGCGGUGGUGGGCGUGGUGCGCGCAGGGAGCAUGAUCGUCAUAGUGCUACCGGGAAAGUGUAUGUCGCAAAAUUACUUGUGCUAGCCGACGUGGAAUUGUGAAAGCUGAUUCGUUAUAUGUUGUAGUGAUUCUGAAAAGAAAUAUAACCAGGGAUGGGGUGGCACGGGGGGCAGUAGUGAGUGGAAUGACGAACUUGUUGGAGAGGAACUCGCUCAAAAGGAUGCUACUGGUGUUGAGGAUCCCAACCCUGUUGCUGCGGUCGAUGCUCCUGCCGGGGAUGAAGAGGCAGAGGAGGCCCCUGAACCGGAGGAAGAGAGGGUCAAGACUCUCGAUGAGUACCGUGCUGAGCUUGAGCAGCGCCGGGAUGGCCUUGGACCCCCGACCGAUGUCCGUCGCCCUAAUGAAGGCACCAAGAACGACAAGAAAUGGGCUGGGAAGGAGCUAUCCCGCAAGGAACAGGAGGAGGGUGUCUUCUUUGCCGGCGAGUCCAAGGAAAAGACCAGAUUUCGCGAGCGCAAGCAGAAGAACCUCCUCGACAUCGACACCGAGCCUAGGGAAAACAGGCGUGGAGGUGAGAGGGGUGGACGCGGGCGUGGUGGUGAACGUGGACGUGGCCGCGGAGGUGAUAGGCCACCCCGCAACGAUAAUUACCACCGCGGAGGCCGGAAGCCCGACGGCUACGUUGAUCUUGCUGACAAGUCGGCAUUCCCGGCCUUGGGAUCUUAGAUCUCUAAACAGCAUCCUAUUGAAAACCCAGUGGACAGAAUCCACUUAUUUCACGACACGGCUAGUUUGAGGUGAAAAGGGGGGAAGGGGGGCCAUAUGAUCGGGAAAGAAGAAGGACAAGCCUUUUAUUUUUCUAUAUGAUCAUUUUCAUUUUCGUUCUCAUUCUCUUUCUUUCCUCCUUUUCUUGUCUGUUCGUAUGUGGAAAUUUUAAAAAUUUGAUCUCUUCUUGUUCAUGGUACCCGCACCAGGCCUGAGGCAAUGGUGGAGGGUCUACGAGUAGAGCUGUGAAUGUUUGUGACGGCUUAGUAUUUGAGCUAGUUGUAAGUGUUGCAGGUGUGGUCACCUCACGUUGUUUGCGGAAGCGGCUGCGGUGUUUAUCCCUGGGCGCUGUGUGCUGUUGUGGUUAGCCUAAGCCUCCUUGAUAGCGUUGCUGGUUGCUAUUAUUAGUAGUGCUUGAAGUUGUGCUAUAUGUUAGUGGUUUCCGUUGAAUUGAUUGCGCUAGUUAGGGCUAGUUGGUA